GAAGAUCCCAAGAAACAAGGGAAAGGUAACGGAAAGAGCAAAGAUGUGUGUGGCUACCCACUCAGUAUCUUCUUCAUUGUUGUGAAUGAGUUCUGCGAAAGGUUCUCCUACUAUGGAAUGCGAGCUGUGCUGGUGUUGUACUUUAGGUACUUCUUGCAGUGGGAUGAAGACUUGGCCACUUCCAUCUACCACACUUUUGUGGCUCUCUGCUACUUGACCCCUAUCCUUGGGGCCAUUGUGGCUGACUCCUGGCUGGGAAAGUUCAAGACUAUCAUCUACUUGUCCAUUGUCUAUACGAUUGGACAGGUUGCGAUGGCUGUCAGUGCAGUUCAUGACAUUACCGACUCAAACAGAGAUGGGACACCAGACAACAUGACCUUUCAUGUUGUGCUGUCCAUGGUGGGUCUCUUCCUCAUUGCUCUGGGCACUGGUGGCAUUAAACCCUGUGUGGCUGCCUUUGGUGGAGACCAAUUUAGUGAGCACCAGGAUAAGCAAAGGAGAACUUUCUUCUCUGUAUUCUACCUAUGUAUCAAUGGUGGGAGUCUCCUGUCAACCAUUAUCACUCCAAUCCUGAGAGGUCAGGAGUGCGGCAUCUACAGUCAGCAGAAAUGUUAUUCUCUGGCGUUCGGUGUCCCCGCAGCAUUAAUGGUGGUUGCACUCGUGGUGUUUAUUGUCGGGAGUGGUAUGUACUACAAAGCUGAACCGGAGGGGAACAUAAUGCUGGAUGUGUGUAAAUGUAUUGGGUUUGCCAUUAAAAACCGCUACAGGCACAGGAGCAAACAGUACCCCAAGAGAGAGCACUGGAUGGACUGGGCAGAGGAAAAAUAUGAUAAACUCCUGAUUGCUCAAAUCAAAAUGGUGCUGAAAGUCCUCUUUUUAUACAUCCCAUUGCCAAUGUUCUGGACCCUAUUUGACCAAAAGGGAUCCAGAUGGACGCUGCAAGCUACCACAAUGAAUGGAUACUUUGGGCAACUUGUUAUACAGCCUGAUCAAAUGCAGACUUUCAACCCCAUCUUGAUCCUGACUCUGGUACCUAUUAUGGACAACGUAAUCUACCCUCUGAUCAAGAAAUGUGGCUUUAACUUUACACCACUAAAAAGAAUGACAGUGGGGAUGUUUCUGGCUGCUAUGGCUUUUGUCUGUGCUGCUUUGGUCCAGGUUGAAAUUGAUAAAACAUUGCCAGUGUUUCCAUCUGCCUCCCAGAGUCAGUUGAAAUUACUUAACAUGGGCAGCAGUGCAGUCACAGUCAACCUGACAGGCAAUGAGUCGCUGACUCUUAAUGCAGCUCAGGCCAGUGACAAAUACUUCACAUUUGAAACAGAGCAAAUCAUUGUUUCAGUUGGCAGCCCUGAGAUGACACAAAUCAUCUUCUUGGAGAAGAAAUCCAGACAAACUCUUCUUAUUCCCUCAGUUAUUAGUGAUGAAUGGCUUCUGACUAAGGACUUGACUUCCAAGCCAGAACAAGGUAACAAUGAAAUCCGAUUUGUAAAUGGAAUGGACAUGCCUGUGAACGUGACCACUUCUGCAGUGGACUUGGGACUAAUUGAGCCAUUUUAUUACUCCAAUUAUUCCAAAAUAAAGAAUGGAGAGAACAAAUUCUCCUUGUCGAAUGGUUCACAGUCAUGCGAAUACAUUAAGGACUUUGGAUUUGGAAGUUCAUACACUUUCUUCAUACCCAGCACUUUUGUCUUUGGACCAAAUUGUCAGGACUCUAUUACUGUGGUAGAGGACAUAGAACCCAACUCAGUUCACAUGGCCCUGCAGAUCCCACAGUACUUCUUCAUAACUGCUGGUGAAGUGAUGUUUUCAGUUACUGGUCUGGAGUUCUCUUACUCACAGGCACCUAGUAACAUGAAAUCGGUGCUGCAAGCCGGCUGGUUGUUUACAGUUGCUGUUGGUAACUUCAUAGUCCUGAUUGUGGCUGAGAUUGCAAAACUUCCCAACAAAUGGGCAGAGUACGUCCUUUUUGCGUCUCUCUUAGUUUUAGUGUGCAUAAUCUUUUCCAUUAUGGCGUAUUUCUACACUUAUAUUGACCCUUCAGAGAUUGAGGUCCAGUUUAGGAAAAAGGUUGAUGACGAUGAAGAUGAUAAAGACAAGCAACAGAAGGCAGAGAUCGAGAUGGUCAGGAGAGACUCAGCUGAAAGCUAUGAUGACAAUUACAAACAAUCCAAAAUGUGAACAUUUUAUAAUAAAAGCAGAUCAUUUUAAAAAAUUGCAUUAUUAGUAAAUAAGAGAAAGUGUACAGGGAAGAGUGUGUGUGUUGUGUGUGUCUGUGAAAUAUUUUAUAUUGUUAUGGCAAAGGCAUGAUACUGGAGGCAUGUAUUUUACCAUUACAUUCAUAUAAACAAUAGUAAUUAAAAAGAGAAUAAUGUAAGAACAAUUAUAUGUCAUGGGAUAUAAUUGCUUUUUAUAUAUAUGUGUGUAAGCUGUGAUAAAAAAUGAUUACAUUUUAAUCCUUUCCAUGUGUUUCUCAUUCAGUCUUUAAGUCAAAAAGCACCAAUAUCGCACAGCAAUAACCUGUGUUAUCAGUUGUGCAAGUAUUCUUGCCAUUGCACUGGUGAUUGAGACAGAAAAUCUUCUAUUAUUUUAGAAAGGGUGUAAUUUAUGUCCAAUAUUUGGACAAAAUAUCAUCUACUGCUUGUUUAAAUAAUUACAGUGAAAUGCC